AUGCUACUUCCCUCUAAACUUGACUUACCCGGAAGUAGUACCUUUUGUUGUUUCUCGUUAUAUACCUCAAUGUGUGCAGCUUGUAGUAAGUUUUUCGUUGAUUUAGAAUUGUAACGUUUGCUGAUUAUUAAAAUAGUUAACCACGGUCGCUGUAAAAGCUAACGUUAAGUAGGAUAUGCGAAGAUGAGUGCUGAAACUGCGGAUCGGGUGGCCGUGAGCGGCAGUCGGCCGAACACGCCCCCGCAGACCUCCUGGUUCGAAUUCCUGUUGGAUGAUUCGCUGCUGGAGAAUCAUCUACAGAAGAGAUCUCCAGACCCAUCGCCAGUGCAGCUCGUGAUCCAAUUCCUGGAGCAAGCCUCCAAGCCCUCUGUGAACGAACAAAACCAAGUCCAGCCUCCCGCGGAUAAUCGCAGGAACCGCACACUGAAGCUGCUGGCCCUCAAGGUGUCGGCUCACUUGAAAUGGGACCUGGACACGCUGGAGAAAGGCCUAUCUAUUCCUGUGUUGAACAUGCUCCUGAACGAGCUACUGUGUGUCAGCAAGGUUCCCCCUGGAGUGAAACAUGUGGACUUGGAUUUGUCCACCUUGCCCCCAACCACUGCCAUGGCUGUGCUCAUCUACAACCGUUGGGCCAUCCGGACUAUUGUGCUGAACAGUUUCCCAGAGAAACCAACAAAGCUUGGACCUCACCAGAUGAACAUGUUGAAUCUCGUACAGCAGGAGAAGGAAUCGACUGAAAAUAUAUUACAAGUGCUAAAGGAGCAGUCUGAAGAUUCCAUCAUGGUCUUGGAGGCAGCCCUGGGGAUAAAGAAGGACUUCUACAUCCACACCCUGAGGACACUGGACCUUCUGGCAGCCGAACCCCCUACAACUAAUGGAGAAACUGAGUGCUCCACCGCUGGCCUCAAGAUCAGCGCUGAUGAGCUGCACUGUCAGGUGCAUUACAAUCUGGGUGCCAUCUUCUUUCAGCAAGGAUGCUCAGACCCAGCCUCAUAUGAGAAAGCCAGACAACACUUCUUUAAAACCAAGGAGUUGCUGCUGAAGCUGGACUCUAAAGCCCUUCACUGUUGUUUGGAUGAGAAGCGUUUAGCUGGCUAUUGGAACGCCUGCAGGGUCCUCACUGGAGCGUCUGACCCCAGCGAUGCCCAGCUCACCGCUUACGGCCUCAUCAACAAUUUCAUCAAAAACAAAAACUAUCAGGCUCUUAUUGAGACUUUCAUCAAUGACAAUGUGACUCUCAGCUUGCCCAACUAUUUCAGACAGUCUAUCCUGAGGGAGUUUGUGCACAAAGUCCAACAGGGGGACAGGACUUUGGAGGAGGUGUGUCACAAGCUAUGCAUGUGCAACGCUGUGCGGGAGGCACUAGAGGGCCAGGUAGUCAGUGUGUACUUCCAACAGCUGCUCCUCAAACCCAACAAGUGCAAGAUGGACUUCCUGCUGGAGGUGUGCAGAAGGGCAUUGGGCACGGAACACAUUGGGACGUCGAAAAGAAAAAUAGCAGCUCUCCUGAAAGCUGUGUGUCAGAGCAUUGAGGAGAUGUCUCUGGUCUUCAUGGUGUCCUCUCACAAGCUGUUCAUGGAGCUGUUACCAGAUGAGGAGAGGAAGACCCUGGUAGAGCAGAUGAAGAAGAGGUCAGCCAGUACCAACUUUUCUGCCAAGCCGCUUCCCUCAUUCUACGACAUCCCAGCCUCAGCCAGCGUGAACAUCGGCCAGCUGGAGCACCAGCUCAUCCUGUCUCUAGACUGUCGGCGGAUACGCCAGAUCCUGAUUGAGCUGCAUGGCAUGGCUGAGCGCCCCUUCUGGCGCAUCAACAGUAAGUGGGAGGUUCCUCAGGACUAUAUCAAUGUGAUAUUGGGCAUUAAGGACAACCUGACGCGGGACCUUGUGUACAUUCUCAUGGCAAAAGGCUUGCACUGCAUCACAAUAAAAGACUUUGCACAUGCUCGGCAGCUGUUCUCUGCCUGUCUGGAGCUGGUGACAGAGUUCUCCCCCAAGCUGCGUCAGGUGAUGCUGAACGAGAUCCUGCUGCUGGAGGUGCAUGCCCAUGAAACUGGGCUUGGGUGCAACCGAGAGCGCCCCCCUCCGGACCUGGUCAGUCGGGUGCGUGGGUACUUGGAGAUGAGGAUCCACGAUAUUCCUCUGCGGCAGCUGGUGGGAGAGGAGUGUGUGGCCUUCAUGUUGAACUGGAGAGAGAAUGAGUACCUGACUCUGCAGGUGCCCCAGUCACUGGUUAUGAACAACCCCUAUAUCAAGCUUGGGCAGCAGUUGGCCGCCACCUGUAAGGAGCUCCCGGGUCCCAAGGAGAGCCGGCGGACAGCCAAAGACCUGUGGGAAGUGGUGGUGCAGAUCUGCAGUGUGUCCAACCAAUACAAGAGAGCCAGUGAUGGCCGUGUCAGCCUGAUCAAGCAGCGAGACUCCACCUUGGGCAUCCUGCACAGGAGCAAAUUUGUCACGUUCAUCAAGAAGCUUCGAGAGCCGCUGGUGCUGACCACCCUGAUCUCCCUGUUCGUCAGACUGCACAGCAUCGUGCGGGUAGGGGGCCAGAUGCAGCUUGCCUCAAAAGAACACCGGCUGUCCUGGGGCUCAUCUGUCCUCUGUUCUCUGUUGCAGGAUGACAUCGUCAACGAGGUGACGGCAGAGCACCUGUCUAUAUGGCCAUCAACCCUGCCAAACAUGCAGUCUAUUGACGUUGAGGCUGUGGCUGUGACGAUGAAGGAGCUUGUCACCUACGCUCUGUCCCUUAAUCCCAACAACCACUCCUGGCUCAUCACUCAGGCUGACAUCUACUUUGUGACCAAUCAGUACUCUGCGGCACUGCACUUCUACCUUCAGGCCGGGGCGGUCUGUUCUGACUACUUCAGCAAGGCUGUGCCUCCUGAUGUCUACACUGAUCAAGUUCUGAAGCGAAUGAUCAAGUGCUGUUCGUUGUUGAAUUGUCACACUCAGGUUGCAGUACUUUGCCAGUUUCUCAGAGAGGUGGACUAUAUGACUGCAUUUAAAGCUCUUCAAGAACAAAAUAGUCAUGAUGCCAUGGAUUCAUUCUACGACUACAUCUGGGACAUCACAAUCCUUGAAUAUCUGACAUACAUACACCAUAAACGUGGUGAGAAUGAAAAGAGACAAAUCGCUAUCAAAGCCAUUGGACAGACGGAACUGAACGCCAGUAAUCCUGAGGAGGUGUUGCAGUUUGCUGCUCAGAAGAGGAAGAAGAAAUUUCUCCAAGCAAUGGCCAAGCUCUACUUCUAGGUCAAAACUGAACAGACUCUUAUAAAUGAUUGUAUAGAUUUGUUUUCUACUUUGGAUGGAAAAAUAAACAUUUCCAGCAUU